GUUCUGACUCACAUGUAACUCACAGUGCAUGCCUGACGUAAAGCAGCUGGAAAAGUCACUGAACUUUUGUUUAUUACAUUCUACUUUAUCGAUAAGGUCACAAUGAGCUCCCAAAUUACUUGUGUCGGGUGGGUAAAACGAGGCGUUGCCAAGGAAACCCCGGACAAAGUUGAGUUGAGUCAAGAGGAGCUACAGCGCAUCAUUGCAGAGACCAAAGAAGAGUUGGGGGAGCUGGCAGCUGAGGAAGAAGAAGAGGAGGAUGAGGGUUUACCUCCUGACGAAAGUCCCGUUGACGUUUCGGUUCCAAAAGGUGGGAAUGAUGGUGGGAAUGAGGAAGACGAUGAGCUAGCGGAGUAUGGACUGGAUAAAUACGACGAAGAGGACGAAGCAACGGCUAAUCUUGGUGAUAGUCUGGCUGGGCUCACGGUGUUCAGCUCUAAUGAGGAGGAUCCUUACAUCACCAUCAAAGACACAGAUCAGUAUGAGCGAGAAGACUUCCAGAUCAAGCCCAGUGACAACCUCAUCCUGGCAGGCAAAGCAGAUAAGGACUGCUGCAAUCUGGACAUCUAUGUCUACAACACUGACGAGGACUCUCUGUACGUCCAUCAUGACAUCCUGCUGCCGGCGUACCCCCUGUGCGUGGAGUGGCUGAACUUCGACCCCAGCCCCGGAGAAGGCGCGGCUAACUACGCCGCCGUGGGCAACAUGACUCCUCAGAUCGACGUGUGGGAUCUGGACGUAGUCGACUGUUUGGAGCCCGUCUUCUCUCUGGGGAGCAAAAAAGCCGCCAAGAAGAAAAAGAAGAGCAAGAAGGCGGCAGCAGCAGAACCUGUCGAGGGACACACUGAUGCAGUGCUGGAUUUAUCCUGGAACAAGCUGGUCAGGAAUGUGUUGGCCAGUGGCUCUGCAGAUGAAAGCGUUAUCUUGUGGGAUUUGUCUCAAGGCAAACCAGCCACAACCCUGCGCAGGCACACUGACAAGGUCCAGACGUUAAAAUUCCACCCGUUUGAAGCGCAGACCUUGUUAUCGGGAUCCUACGACAAGACAGCUGUCCUUUACGACUGCCGCAGUCCAGACACCAGCUACCGGACCUGGAGGUUCAGCGGCCAAGUGGAGCGUCUGGUGUGGAACCACUUUUCUCCCUGCAACUUCCUGGCCAGCACAGACGAUGGUUUCGUCUACUGCCUGGACGCGCGUUCAGACAAACCCGUGUUCACGCUGAGGGCUCACGAUGAAGAAGUGUCAGGUUUGGACCUCAGCAGUCAGAUUAAAGGAUGCCUGGUCACCUCAUCUGCUGACAAACAUGUUAAGAUCUGGGACAUUUUAGGCAACAAACCAAACCUGAUACACUCACGUGACAUGAAAAUGGGCGUGCUGUUCUGUGCUUCCUGUUGCCCUGACCUGCCCUUCGUCUAUGCCUUUGGGGGACAGAACGAUGGCUUGCGUGUUUGGGAUAUAAGUGACGUUGCAGCAGUGGCGGAGGUGUUCGGCAAACGUGAACGCUUGGUGCCCAGCGCGGGAUCCCAGGCAUCCAGCUCUGCAGCCACAGCGGACAUGGAAGUGUCCUAGUGAUGCUCUGAAUGCUUGUAAACACGAACAGACUAAUCCAGCGCGGAAACAUGUCGCGCUGCCGUGCGCGUGUGGCAUCCUCUCACAGUGCAGCAGCGGGUUCAAGCGGAAAAAGGAUCGGAUUACAUGAAGCUGCACUUGCUGCACAGAAAGGUUGGCCAAAGUAUUUGCAAACCAAGCCAAAAAGGACCCCAGGAACUUUGUUCAGCUUAACUCCCACCACUAAUGACAACUCUGACUCUGAGCAUUCAGAUGUGUUAAAGUAAAGAAACAAUGUUUCCUAUAAACAUACUAAACAGUAUUUCCAGGAAUAUCUCUUUAUUUUUUGGUGGAAGCAGUUAAGAUAAAAUUAAGAUAUUUGAAUUGAUAAAUAAGUAUAUGUUUGAACUGUUUAUAUCACUAUGAAGGCUGUUUCAGUUUGCCUUUCUUUGUACAUUACAAAUGUAGGAUUAUUUUCACAUGAAUUCAUACAAGAGACUGAUUAACUUGUCAUACUUGGCUUUCCUGGUAAUAAGCAAUGCUUAAAAAAAUCUUAUUAGGACACUGGGUAAAAACAUUAGGCAGUUGUACUUAAAGAUAAUAAUCUCAAAGUACUGUAUAUUCAAUCAAUAAAUACAGCUUAUUAAAAUGUGGAAA